CUAUAGUUACGGGUCCUUGUGAUGUCAACAAGGGUCCUCGCAGAAACGACGAGCCACACAAUGGUUACCUGAGAAAACAGAUGAAAGAUGAAAAUACCGAAAAGAAAGCUGUUUCUUUUGAUCAUUUUCGCAUACGUGGCCUUCUCCCUGUACGCGGCGUAUAAUGUCUUUUUCAGCAACAAAACGAUUUCCCGCGUUCACCGGGUGGUGAAGAACAGCGGAGCGCCUGCGGGCGGAGUCCGCGGCGGCGCGGCGCCGUUCGUGGCGGAUGAGUGGAACCCGUGGGAGGAUGAGGAGGUGGAGUACAACUCUGCUCUGAACAAGAAGAGAGAGGCCUUCAAACAGUACAUGAGUAAAAUCGAGAAGAACAAACCCAAAAAAUACAAGGUCCAGAUCUGGGGCAAAGCUGCAAUAGGGCUUUACCUUUGGGAGCACAUCUUAGACGGAUCCCUCAACCCCACCGACAAAGUGGCCCAAUGGAGAGAGGGGCAGCUGCAGUCUGGAAAGGUUGAUUUGAGCUUCUACACGGGUCCAGCCGUGGUCCAGGGCCACGUCCCUCUCGACAUGAACAGCCUGGUUUUGGUUCUGAACGGGCGUGAGGAGCAGAAGGUUCUGUACUCCACGCGGUGGCUGAAGCACGUCCAGGCUCUGGUUCAGUCGCACACGGUGUCUCACGUGGCCGUGGUUCUGCUCGGCAACGAGCAAUGCGACAACGACUGGAUCGCCCCACAUUUAAAGAGGAACGGCGGCUUCGUGGACCUGCUGUUCGUGGUGUACGACAGCCCGUGGGUCAACGACAAGGACGUUUUCCAGUGGCCUCUUGGCGUUGCAACGUACAGGGAGUUUCCCAUGAUCCGAGCCAACUCCCAGCUGAUCACAGCCAGUCGACCGUAUCUCUGUAACUUCUUAGGUACUGUUUACAAAAACUCUUCUCGAGAAGCAAUGAUGCACGAGCUGAAACAGUCUGGCUUGGAAAAGGAAUGUAUCAUCGCUGCCAGGGAUAAGUGGCUCCCUCAGGAAACGGCGGACAGUCUCAGGCGCUACCAGACGGCUCUGGUCCAGAGCGAGCUCACGCUCUGCCCGGUGGGCAUCAACACCGAGUGCUACCGCAUUUACGAGGCCUGCUCGCUCGGCUCCGUCCCCGUGGUGGAGGACGUCCUGACACCCGGGAGGUGCGCCGCCGGGUCCAGCUCCCCGCUGCGCCUCCUGAAGGCGGCGGGAGCGCCCUUCAUCUUCAUCAGCAACUGGAAGGAGCUUCCCGCCAUCCUGGAGAGGGAGAAGAUGAUGAGUCAGGAGCAGAGGGUGGACCGGAGGAGGCGGCUGCUGGAGUGGUACUCCGGGUUCCGGCGGCAGAUGAAGGAAAGGUUCACCGAGGCCAUCGAGGAGAAUUUCUUCAAAAGUGGAUGACGCUCCGGUGUGGCGUCGGACCAGGGAAAAGGCUGGUGUCGUGUGUGGUCUGUGGAGAUGUGUGAUGUACUACUGACGCGGUGAAACUGUUCAGUGACUUACCUUCUGGUGCUGCUUAUUGUUGUUGUGGAGCUGCCAUUGGUAGAAACUUCAAUGUUUACUUUUCUAUGAGGCGUUUCCAGUUGUGAAUUACAUUUAGAGAUAUUUAGCGUCAUUUGCUGUUUUAAGGACGUUCGUGUCCAUUUUAAACGGUACUUUUGUAAUCGUUAAAACACUAAAGAAUGAAAGAAAAAUGAUACAUAGAGUUUUAUAUUGUAUGUGAGCAGUUUAUAAAUGAGUAUUGGUGAUUUAUCAUCACACCCGUAGUAAAGCUUAUGUUUUGUUCUAUUUAUUUAAGUGAUGUCGGCAUGCACUUUUUCAAACGGCUGUUGAAUAAAAAUUUAAGUGUUCUCUGGAUAGAAAA